UGUAUGUGAAAGUGUGUGUGUGAAGGGGUUCAGACAGGGGAGUCUGAGGGUCUCGCCUCCACAACCUCAGGUUUAAACCAUCAACAGCAGCAUUACAUUUCAUAGUACACCCCCCUCUCUCUGGCGUCACUGCGGGUGGACUUCAUCUCCUCAUCUGAAGAGAAAAAGCUCUGUUAUUUCUCUCUCUGCUCUAGAACCUCCAGCAUUCUCCUCGACUCUCUUACUCUCUUCACAAGCACAAAGGGCAGGAUGGAGGCCAUUAAGAAGAAGAUGCAGAUGCUGAAGUUGGACAAGGAGAACGCCAUCGACCGGGCGGAGCAGGCCGAGUCGGAUCAGAAAGCUGCAGAAGACAAGUGCAAACAGCUGGAAGACGAACUGAUUGGUUUACAAAAGAAACUGAAAGGAACAGAAGAUGAGCUGGACAAAUAUUCAGAAGCUCUUAAAGACGCGCAAGAGAAACUGGAACUGUCUGAGAAAAAGGCGGCAGACGCUGAAGGUGAUGUGGCCGCUCUGAACCGCAGGAUCCAGCUGGUGGAGGAGGAACUGGACCGAGCUCAGGAGAGACUGGCCACCGCGCUUCAGAAACUCGAGGAGGCUGAGAAAGCGGCCGAUGAGAGCGAGAGGGGCAUAAAGGUGAUUGAGAAUCGUGCCAUGAAGGAUGAAGAGAAGAUGGAAAUUCAGGAGAUGCAGCUUAAAGAGGCCAAACACAUCGCAGAGGAAGCAGAUCGCAAAUAUGAGGAGGUCGCUCGUAAGUUGGUGAUUUUGGAGGGGGAAUUAGAAAGAGCAGAAGAGAGAGCAGAGAUUGCUGAACUUAAAGGUGCUGAUCUGGAAGAAGAGCUAAAAAACGUAACCAACAACCUCAAAUCUUUAGAAGCCCAAUCAGACAAGUAUUCAGAGAAAGAGGACAAAUAUGAAGAGGAGAUCAAAGUUCUCACUGAUAAACUGAAAGAGAUUGAAACUCGUGCUGAGUUCGCAGAAAGGACAGUCGCCAAACUGGAAAAGACCAUCGAUGACCUGGAGGAUGAACUGUAUGCUCAGAAGCUGAAAUACAAGGCCAUCAGUGAGGAGCUCGAUCAUGCACUCAAUGAUAUGACCUCUUUGUAGAUGGCGUCAUGCCUCUAUAGCGCAUGAAGUGGACAUUUUAAGACUCUAUACGCUGGAAUGUUAUGGAGAUGUUUGUUCUGAAUCUCUCUCUCUCUCUCUCUCUCUCUCUCUCUCUCUCUCACACACACACACACACCACUUGUGCCUUGUGUAUUUCCACUCUUUUAAAGUAAAAAAAGUUUUGAAGUCCAAAUAAAAAUAGAAUAUUUACUUUCUUAAUACACAUUCUGCUAUUCAUCGAAAAAUAUUUGUUUUUAACAUUUUAUGUUGAAUCUUAUGAAGUUACUUUCAAGUGACAUUCAUCCAUCUGCUUAUUCUUUUUCACUCAGAAAUAUAUUUUACAUUAAGGCAGUGAAUGGUUUGUGGCUGCCAAUGUUAUGAUGACUUUAAGAGACACUUUCUCAAGUUUAAUAAAGAUUUUUUUCCCGCUCUUUAAACAUCUGUUUUGUUUCUUUCUGUCUGCUCGAUAUAUUUCCAUCUAAAUAUUUCUUUGUUCACUCAGCUUUGUAGUUCUUCUCUCAAAAGAGGAAAGCACACAACAAUUUCUUUAAAACAAAAGUGAUGAUGAAGUUGUUUGCACUAACACAUACAUUUGGUUACGACACCUAUGGUUAGGAAAAUAAUGUUCCAAUGUGAUGCUGAAACAUGCUAAAAACUUUUGAAUUGGAAGUGUGUGUUUAGUCUUUUUGCAUUUUAUGUGUGUGAUAGAGCAACAGUGACAUUAUGUGGGUGUGUACUUCUGAACCUCUUUUAUGAGGGAAUAUUCCCAUGAUGCAUUGCGAAUGACAUGAUCAAUAUAAGACUAUCCAUUUAUAGCCGUUGUGUUUAAGUCUAAAAAGAUUAUUCCAGUAUGUGAUGUAUCUGAUGUGUGAACCUAUCUUCAAGCUCGGCAAUUAAAACACAAUUUUCAUAGAUUAUUGCUUUAAAUCAUUUAAAAGGAUUUUAAUUCAUGUCUGUAA